AUGGGGACCGCAGACACUGUUGAGGACCUGCCAGGUAUGGCUGGGCUCCACGGGGAAGGUCAAGUUGGGAAAGAGGGUCAGAAGGAAGAGACUGAUGUGGUGGUGGAGGAGACAGGUGAAGAUGAGUGGCAAUUGGGGAAUGAAGUUGGGACUCACAAAGAUGCCUUAGAGAGCAGUGACAGUCCAGCAGCCCUGAACCUACCUCAGUCAGAUGUCGAGUCUGAAUCCCCUCAGUGCGGAUGUAGAUCCAGUACCCUUGGAUGCUGGACCAUCACUAAGGUUCCUGGAACCAGAUAUCAGCAGGAGAACAGGAUGAUGAUGCUGCCAGUGUUGUUGCUGCUGCCUCUGUCGUCUGUCAGUCUCCCGGACGCCAUGAUGGGUGCCAUCCAGGAAGAGGACUCGUCUGUGAACAGAGAUCUGACAGAACCAGCUGCUGAAAUAAAAGCUGAUGUACCGGCGAUGACUCUCCAUCAUCUUCUGUCGACACGUCGGUCCAGACAGAAACGGCAGGCGAGUCGCCUGACCUCCACCUUCGACUUCAACAGCAACCUGAAAUGGAAGGAGUGGACCGGUUCUCUUCCAAAUGGAGUGGUCUCAAUUGAGAACAGCUAUGCCAGACGCACUGACUUUGUCUGCAAACACAAGUGUCAUGCCGGCUUCUACAACGCUGACAUGGGUUCUUACUGCAACUACCCUCAAGAUGGGAAAGAGCAACGCUCAUCCUCCUUUGAGAUUCUUGUGAAUGAAGACAACUUUGAAGUCAUUGAGUGGAAGUCAGCUUCAUAUGGUUUAGUGCCAGAAUUUUCAGUCAGAACCUGCUCCACUGAGGAUAUCUAUGUAGGUAAGAACAAGUAUGGUCUCGGGAUGGUAGACAAGAGAAUCAGAGCUUUUCUUCUUCCUUGGAUAGGUUCUGUAUAUCAAUAUACAGACUACGAGGUCCUAACCAUUACCCAGGAGUUUGAGAGCCAGCACAUCUUUGAAGUCAAGUACCAGACCAACAAUUCUGAAAUAUUUCAUUAUCCUCCGGAGAACAUGCAUACCUCCACCAUCAUCAACAACGAAUGCAGGCCAGUCACUGAGACAGUGACUAUCUCGAAGUCGACCACAGAAGAGAGAAGGUGGGACAUCAACAGCUCCUUUGGGUUUGGAGUCAGGUCCACCUUCACAGGAGGACUGCCCAAGAUUUUCUCCAGCAAAGUUGAAGUCAGUGCUGACAUGACGUUCCAGUUCUCCAGAGGACAGACCAUAAAAGACGAGUCCUCCAACACCAUUUCUACAACACUCACCACCCCAGCAAACCACCACUGCAGAGUCCAGAUGCUGGGUGUUAUGUACAAGAGCAACAUCCCUUUCACCGCACGAGUGAAUCGUUACUACAGAGACAGGGAAACCAAAUCCACAGUCGUCUCUGGGAUGUUUCACAGCAACAAGAUUGGAGAUAUCCAGGCUGUAGUGGACCGGUGCGAACCUGUAGCUGACACCAGACCUUGCUCUGCUGGGAGGUUCCCAGAGUCAGGCCGAGACUCAAAGCAGGACUCAGAUGGAGAAAUGAGAUAA